GCUCUUUUAUUAUAUUUUAAUCCCAGUUUUGUCCUAGGAUUCUGUGGAAAUAUUUUGAAGCAAACGACUUUAAACAUCUUGAACAGAUGUAUUAUGAGGUAUAAGAGUCAAAAAGCUGCUACAAACUGGGCCAAAUUUUGAGGCAGAACGGAUAUGUUCUGUUUGCUUUCCUGAUGAUUUCAAGAUUUUCAGCACACAUUUUUUUGCAAAUUCAACACAGAAUUUGGCUGAAGAACAACAGGAAAAUCGAGAAGUAGCCAAAUGUUAAAAGGAAAUUGUACUGAGGCACAACGGAAGGAAGAAGAGAAGAAAUUGCAAGAAGAAAUUAAAUGAGCUUGAGUUAAUCAAUGGCAUGAUUAGCACUUGAAGCAUCUUUUACUUUAAACUAUCAGAGAACUUGCACUUGGUGAAGAGUUUGGUGUACAGUUAGUUAAAAAAGAAUAUUAUAUAUAAUUCAAACAUGCAACCACAAUAAAUGUUUUUAGCAAAAAUUUUGCUGUGUACACACUUGUAAUUUCUUAUUUUAUAGAACAGUGGCAAAUCAUGAACUUUUUAAGAAGAUCUUUGGGAGUGUUAAAACAGUCAAAUCCUUUUCUCCUCCUGAUGAAGUAAAAAAUCCAAACAAUGGGAGUAGUUGCGCUUAUAGGCCAUGUCCAGAUGAGUGCAGCUGUGCAGCAUGUGUUGCCAUGGACACAUCUGUGGUGCCCCAUACUACGUGUUCAACUGCUCUGUGUAUUGCAGGGGAGUAGUAUGGAGGGUUUUUCUCUGACCUCUGGAUAUCCAGGGGUCAAAAAAACUUGUGGUGAAACAAUGCAGAGCAGCGCAUGCAUGGGCAGUGCAUGCCACUCAAAAAUGGAGCCAAGCAGGCUGGAGUCAUGCAGUGGCUGCUGGCCAGGCUCCGCGCAGCACAGUCCUCGCUGCUGCAGCCCCAGGAGGUCCCCAGGACUUCAGGUAAGGCUGCUGGGGCCAGCCCAGUGCUGGCCCCAGCCUCCCCUACCACCUCCGGGGGUAAUUUGCCAUAUGCGAGAGCAUGUAUAACACAGGUGUUCCUGGGGGACAACUAGCAGUGGUACAAGAUGUACUGCUGCUAGUUGUCCCCAGAGAACCAAACAUCCACACCACAUGUGGACACAGCCAUAGAGUGUAUCCAGACAAGUGUGCACAUGCAGUUUGUGACUCUGCAGACCUGUCUGCACAUAUGCACUUCUGCUGUGCUGCUCAUUUGCAGUGUGGUAGGUUUUUUGGCACCAGGAUCUCCCACGGCAGAAAAAAGCGGGGCAGCACAUGUGAGUGGCCAUUUCUAUUACAGUCACUGCACAAGUUGUGUUGAUUUCAGUGAGGCCAGGAGUUCAUACCACACAAUUAAGUUGUGGUGUGGUUUGACUUCCUACUAAUUGAGACCAGGCUGUUUGGGGAAGGAACAGUGUUAUAAAAGAAAACAUUUGUUUCCAAAACCCGCUUCAUCCUGUGAUGUUCCGAAUAUUUUAAAUCAUGGUCACUGACAGCUCAUUAGGACUGAGGUUGGCAUCUGUUCUUGGUCAUUGGAAUUCAGAAGGGAAAAUAAUGCCCAGAAUUGUUUUGGUGUCUCAAUAGUUGAUUCUUAUGGGAAAGUGAAGUGUUACUCAGUGUUAGAUUAUAUUCUGAAACAUAUUCUGCUUUUGGCUAAAUGCAAUAAAGGCAUUCUUUGUGCAGUUGUUUUCAGGUGGAUAUGAUUGGGUUAUGUUGAAAAAACAAAAAUGACUUGGGAAUUGUUUAGCACUGCAAAUUGUAUCCAGUUGUGUAUAGUGAAUGUAGAGAUCCAAAAACUCAGAGGAAAGGGCAAUCAUUUACACUAGGCAAUUCUAAAUUCAUAUUGUCUUUCUAACCACUUGACUUCCAACUAGCUUGGAGCAUGAUAGAUCUGAGAUAUUAUUUUUAAUUAUCCCCAAAUUGUAUCAUCUCCUCAAUCAUCAUAGUAAUGUUUUAUGUCCCAAGGCAGAUUUCUAAAAUAUUGCUGCAAAUUCGGGCUUAAAGGAAGAACCAACUACUACAGGGAAGUAAAAUUAUAAUGAAAGGGUAUCUGAUUUGUUUGGUGUAUUCUAAAUAUUAUUUGAAGAAAGAAAACAUUUGUCUAGUGAACAAUGCUGCUUCUAUAUAAGAUUAUAUGAAUGUCAGAAUGUCAUAGGUAGCUCAGGAUUCUUUUAAAAAGUAAUGGAUGGAAAGGAAUACAAUUCCAAUUUUAAGAGCUCUUACAAUCCUACUUACACCCCUUUUCAAUGCCAGCAGAAUUAACAGAACAGAUUCAUAGAGUGGGUGGACUAGAUUAUGGAAUUUAGAUUUCACAGGCUUUAAAUGCAUCUGGUACACAGACAUUAGUACUUUGCUUACAGUACAACAUAUCAUUUCUAUAACAAAGCCUUAUAAUGAAGAGCGUAAUUGAUGAGACACAGAUCUUAGACUCAACUAAUGAAAUCUUGUCAUUUGGAUCUUGUAUACAUUUUAUACUCUUAAAUACUAAAAACUGCUAUUUUUAGGAGCGAUGACAUGAACAGUGAUUUUUUUGCAACAAAAUGCGAAAAUCAUCUUGACAUUUGCUUGUUCAACAUUACUAUCUAGUUUGGGGAGUCUAGAAUUGAGGUUAUUUGUAAUUACAGCUUUAUGGUGCCUUUUAACAAAUUAGGUAGGGGUGUAUCUUCUUUCAAUCGAAUUAUUCUGCUAGUAGUUAGGAACUUUUAUUCCUUGUCAUGAUAAUAAGAGUACACAGAGCCAAAUUAAUUACUGCUGUAACCUCGCUGAAAUUGGGCUACAUCAGGGAUUAAUUUGAUCUAACAUGCAUUGAGGACAGAAAGAGGUGAGAAAGCUUACCUUUGUGUAUUUAAUUAAUGUAUAAGUUUCUCCCCUGUAAGAUAACAAAUUUCUUUCUUAAUAUCUAUAUGGCGAAGUGGGUUUCACUCAGGCUAGCCGUUGCUGGCCUCCCACCUGCCUCUGGGCAUGCCGCCUGCCUGUCUCGUCUGCCACGCCUUGUUGGAAAAUUAAUGAGUUGUUAAAUAAGGCAGGAGGCUGCCCAUUUUUCUUUGCACCCCAAUAUUAGGGGGGUGUCCACAGCUCUGUACCACCCCUACACCAUGGCCUAAGCCUCACAGAUGGUAUCCAGAUGUUAUCAGUCAUAUCAGACCCCACUAGGCUCCAGAAUCCUCCUGGCCGGACCCUCCUUUGAUCCCUUGACUCAGGCACCUUAUGCCACCUUCAUUCGGGCUGCUAAGCUCCUUGUAGCUGGCUCCCCUCUUGGGUGUGGUCCCUACUCGGGACCUUCGACCAUACACAGGCCCUGGCCUCACCUCCAAGGCCAGAGGGGGUCCCAGGCCCACAACUCUGGGUGCCCCUUGCAGUGGGCACCUGACCCUUUUUACCUGCUUGUUCCUGGCCCCAGCAUGGACCAGUCCAGGGGGCACUCUACCCCUGGCCUCACUAGCCCCACACACUCUCCGGGUCUCCCUUCCUGGAUGUGGGGAGAUGGGGUGACUCACACCAUGACUGGUGCUCCAGGGACUCACAGGGGACUCCCCCCCCCGAGCAGCGAGUCAUGGUGUUACUCUGAGAUCCUCCUCGGGUGGGCUCAGGUGGCCGUAGCUGUGCCUGCCCCCCUCUACCUCCGAUGUCCUAACCCACCCGAAGGUGGGAGCUGGGGUUAAGGCACCCCGACCCGCCUUUCACCAGGGCAGUAACUGGCCUGGCAUUUCCUGGGGGCUCCCGCGCCCCUGAGAGCCCCACCAGGCCACCCACUCCCGGCAGGGUGCAGUUUUAGGUCAUGCCCAGGACCAGGGGCCUCCUAUCCAUCCCCUACAGCUCCUCCCUUACCUCCAGGAGGAUACCAGAGGCCUUUCAGCCAGGUGAUGAUGUUGCCUGGCCUUCCAGCAGCAAAAUACCCUGUUUAUAUGGGCAGCCCUAGAUCCAAAAUGGCUGCCCUCAUCAGGCACCUGCCGGCUGCUAGCUUCAGGCCUUUAAAGUGGCAGGCACCCACAGUGCCCUGCCACAGUCUGUCCAAUGCUUGCUGUUUUGAAUGUGUUCACAGCUCCAGCAUUAGAUGUCUUUGUUCAUGAUCUUUUGAAAAUGGUGGUUAGUGCCUUCCACUACAGCAACUGCAGUCACUAGUAGGACUGCUCAGUGUCUUACUCUAAGGCUCAGAGCUCAUCCUCACUUAUUGUCCAGAUAAACCCACACUUUAAUGACUGGAGUCCCCAGACUAGAUUAUUACUCCACUUGGUAUCACACCCAAGAGUUGGGGUUCAGACACCUCUGUAUUACUAUGUGUUUCUCUUUAGGUAGAGGCAGCACAAGGGUGCCUCAGGAGUCCUCUACCUUGCAUCCAUCUGCUUGCUACCCUGUUUCACCCAUACCAAAGGAACAGCCAUUGCAGAGUCAAGGUCAAUAAGUAUUAUACAGACAGAAAAGAAUCCAUGGAAAGUAUUCCCUAAGAUGCAAGUAAUGGGAAAGGAAAGUCGGUUUACCUUGGAGUCACAUUUGGUUAAACUUCAUAAAAGAUAUAGGGGCUUCAGCCACUUCUAGAAGCUGAACUGUAUCUAUAGACUUUGCAUUUGCAGGUUGUAUCCUGUCAUUCUGUGUGUGUCUAUAUCUUCAGUCAUUUAUGUAAUGCUCAUGUUGAUCUUUACUUAUCUGAGAAGCAGAGAAUGCACUUUGGCUGCUUCCAUGUCCAUUAAAUGAGUAUAAACUGAGUGGUUUUGUGGCUCAGGCAUAUGGAAACUAUCAUUUUUGCUGUACUGGCUUCUUAGGACCUGUAGUUAUCUUUUAAGUAUGCUUACUAUGAAUGUUAGGACCAGUGUAGUCAGAAAGUACAUUUGAGUAGCUAGCCGUGUAAUGAGAAUUAAAUGUAGCAAGACUAACAUGGAGUGUUAAUUAAUUUAAUGUAUAUGUACUUUUACUUCUGUUACAACCACUAAUUUUAGUUCUGAUUUAUAAUAUUUAGCAUAGCUUAUCUUUAGCUGGCAGUCUUCGUAGGAUGAAAUUCUCAGUAAAAAAGCCAAGAGAUAAUAUAAGGCACUCUAACAGAAUAUGCUGAAAUAAUCAACAGCUGUGAAGGCAAUUACUUUCAUAGUUUCAUAGUUGUUAGGGGUUGGAAGGGUCCUUACAGAUCAUUGGGUCCAGCCCCCCUGCACUUGGGCAGGAAAGACUGCUAGGAUCAGCACAUUACGUAUGGAAGUACCAAUGCUGGCCCAAUAUUGGACUAAAUUUUGCAAAAUUAUAAUAAUUUUUACAUGAAAAAUGUUUCUCCAAGUCAUUUAUAUAACCUGUCUAUAAGAUUAACAUGUACAGAAGAAUACAUUUUAAAGGGCAAUGAAAGACCUGAUAUCUGUCCCUCAGAUCACUGUGUUUCUUUUGCAAGAACCAAGAAUAGAAGUGUCAGUGCCACCACAUUCCCAAGAUUACUGAUAUUCAUAUAUGUAAAAUUAAGACUAUCAUGUCAGUUAGUUAGUGUAGAAUUGGGGCAUAGUAGAGUAUGAGUGAAAUUCACGGUGGGCAAAUGAAACAGGGAUUAACAAAGGCCGUCUGUGCCCAGAGAUGCUGUUUCUGCAUCAGGCAGACUGUACAGUCAGUGGGUUAAAUAACAUAUAAUGGUCCUAUUUGCAUAAACUGUAAAAUUGCCCUUAUUUCUUUUGAGCUUCUUUAUUCUCAUUUAGAAAUGUGCAUGUUUUCAGUCUGCCUUCAGUUUGUUUUGCUGCUUUAUGGAUCAGAUCAUCCUUCAGAGCCUAACAUGCCUCUGUGCACCUGGAAUACAAAUGAAAACUGUUAUAACCUCAGAAAUAAGAGCCCAUAUUGUUGCAGAUGAUAGAUCUGUGUAGCUGCAGAAAACUCAUGUUUGGCAGAAGUGCAAAGCAAAUGUGACUGCAUUUUUUUGGGCCUCAUUUCCCAUAGGCUGAUGGCAUAGCUGCCUUGCAUGAUAGAGAAACAUUUAGGAUGGGAUCUUGGGCCAAGGACUGUAUGGUUACAUGACUCUUCCCUUGUGACUGAGGAGUGACUGACAUACAGCCCCUGCCUAAGUUGUUCUUGGUUCUGGCAUGUAAUGUAGUUUUGCAGCGCCUUUGUGUGGCCAUUUUGGAGAACAUUCAGAGUCCAGUUGUGGAAAAAGUAGGAUUUGGAGGAUGAGGAACUUCCUCCAUUUCCUUUGUACAUAUAAAUUAACUGGCAUUUAACAUACAUACAUACUUCUUAUUUAAGAAUGCUGUUUUUUGCCAAAAGUUUCAAUACAGUUAUUCAUCCAAGACUAAAUCAAAAGGGAACAUACUUAUGUCAUGUUAGUCUGGAUCCUCCAAUUCCAAUGUAGUCUUGUGUUAGCUGUAGAACUAAAGAAUGCUAAAUGAAAGAGAAUCUAAAUCCUGGCUGUUCAGUCACAACAUCAUUCUUGAUAUUUUGACAAUUAGAAAUUUUUCAUGAUUAUUCUAGUCAAACUGGAACCCAAUGCAACAUUUUACUUUUCUAAGUCUCUAGAUGCAUUUAGAAUGAAGAGACCAGUACAGUUCUGUUUGAAUCUCACUAAUUUUAUUCAGUUUUUUCUUUCAUCAGUUUCAGAUCAGCAACGAAGAGAGAAACUCAGGAAGGAAAUAGCCAGGUGCAAAAGGGAGAUGACUUCAGCUAAAAACUCCUCACGGUCCAGCUCCAGAGGGAGUGGAAAGCCACUGUCAUCUACUUUUGAACAGGUUUCCUGUGAAACAGAAGACAAUGAGCAGCUAUCUCCCUGCGCACAAAAUUCACAGAAGUAUUUAUCUAGGUCAUUAUCAUUUUCAGACAGGCAAGGCCUGGAUGUCUCCAGUCCCACAAAAUGUGACAGGAAAGAUGCUCGGAAAACAUCUAAUGCCUCUGCCUCUAAGUCACGUGUCAGUGAUUCAAGUCCAUUGAGAAAACAGUCUGAAGUUUCAUAUGGUUUCUCUGCUGAUAGUGUUAUGAGCAUUGGUCAUUCACACACACAGCAGGAGGCUGAAUGCAAACUCUACAGUGGUGAUCUCCUAGAUAAGCAUUCCAAUCGCUUUACUGACAACCACCAACCAUUCACACCACGCACCUUAAAAUCAGAAGCAAAAUCUUUCUUGUCAGAGUACAGGUACUACACUCCUGCUAAAAGAAAAAGGAAGAACAUUCGCAAGCAGUGGGUGGAAGCAGAAACACAGACUGAUGUAAGCAGUUUUCAAUCUGAUCCCAAAGCAUCUGAGAGAAAAGUGACUGACUUCCAAAAGAUCAUAACACAGGCUGAAGAUGUGAAGUCUGCAACAGAUGAGCCUGAGGGAAGAAUGGAUGUGUUUCACUAUUCUUUAUCAAGGGAGACAUCCUCAUAUUCUGAGCAGUCUUCAGCAAGGAUUAAAAUCCAGGCUGAAGAGGAAGAGCUGCUGUAUCUGACUUUCAUUGAAGAAGUAACAGAUGAAAUUCUUAAGCUCGGAUUAUUUUCCAACAGAGUACUGGAACGAUUGUUUGAGCGUCACAUAGAAGAAAACAGGCACCGUUUGGAUGAGAACAAAAUGCGCCACCUACUGGAUGUCCUCAAAGUGGACCUAGGCUGUAGCACAGAGGAGAAAUCUGAGAAAGUCAAUGGGAAUAUGGAGGCAUUUGAUCUGGAAAAGUUUGAAACCAUGGAUCAGCUUCAAAUUACCAGCAAAAAUCAAGGGCAGAAUAAGAUUACGAAGAGCAGUGAGUUCCUAAAAGCCAUGGAUUUAUUAUCAAAGGAUCUAAACAAAUUAAAGCCCCAGUCAUAUUGUGAAACUCCAGAGGAGAUAUGUGGCCAGAAUGGCUUUUCAAAAGAUCUUACUGAAGUAGUGAGCAUUGGAACAGAUCCUUACUCUUCAGUGAAAUCUGAAUCUGUCCCAGAUAUUUCACACUCUUUGGAGCCAACAUUAAACUCAACCACUUGUGAGAGUGACUUUGAAACCAAUAAGGAACUUGAUGAUCUUGAAGAAAGCUUUGCAGAGGCCCUUCAAAUCUCAAAUGACUAUGUAGAAGAAUAGACCAGAAUUAACUGCAAAACAGUAAUGCAGACAGUACUGUGGAGAGCCAAUGUUUGUCAAAUAAAUACUAGUGAAUCAUUAAUUUUUAUCUUCAACUUUCCUAUUCAAACGCUGCUAUUAGCCUCACAAGAGGGGUACAAGUAUUAUCAAUCAGGCAUUAACUGAUCUAGGUACUAACAUAAGCUGUAAUGGUUUAAAAGUUAUUGUUCAAAAAGAAUGUUUUUAUAAUUUAAGCUAAGAGUACAAUUUUGGAACUAGCUGCUGACACUGCUAAAAUUAGAGUAUAUAUAUUUUUAGAUUUAUUGAAGAUGUAAUAAUUUAUACUAUUUAUUGUUUAUUUAUAAUAAAUGAAUGCAGU